AUUGGAAGAAGACUAUUAUGUUUUCUGUGGACUCGGAAAAACGAUGAACCAACAACAAACAAAAGUGUCAGCUCUGAUUCAAUGAAAUCUGAAGCAUAAGCAACUGUUUGAACACUGAAUCUGCACAGAAACAGAAGCAGAAACAGCAUCAGAACCUUCCAAAUGAAAGCACAAGAGAACAAUGGCAGCAACUUGUGCAGCUCAAGGAGGGUGCCCCACUGACUUCAUAGCCAUUGCUUUUUCCAUCUUGUCCUUCAUUCUGCUUCUGUUAUGGUCAAUAUUUCCUUUCAUAGUCCACAAGGUUCCUCGUACUCAAGGCAGUGGCUUCUGGCUACCAGUGAUACAAGUUGUUGCCAGCUUCAACCUUCUUCUAUCAAUUGUGAUGUCCAAUAAUUUUUUGAGAUUUGAGAAGAGGCAAUGGUGGCGGUCAUGCUACUUCUGGGCAGUCUGGGUUGAAGGUCCACUAGGGUUUGGUUUGAUGUUGAGCUGUCGGAUAACACAAGCCUGUCAAUUAUAUUUUAUCUUUGUCAAGAGGCGUUUACCUCUGAUCAGAACAUAUUUUUUCCUUCCACUAAUUCUACUUCCCUGGGUUGUUGCUUCUUCUGUUAUCAAUAUGAGGAAGCCCCUAAAUCAUCAUUGUCACUUGAAUGCUCAUUGGGCCAUCCCAGUUGCAUGCCUCCAUUCAUUGUAUGUUGCCACAUUGCUUGCGGUUACAGGUGCUGUUCGUCAUGUGGAAUUCAGAUUUGAUGAACUCAGAGACCUCUGGCGUGGAAUAUUUGUAUCAGCAAUGUCAAUUGUUGUGUGGAAUAUUGCUUACAUACUGAACGAAAUUCAUGACGACGUCUCAUGGCUUCAAGUUGCCUCUAGAUUUCUGCUUUUACUUUUGGCUAGCAUACUCAUUCUGGCUUUCUUUUCGAUAUCAAGUUCACAACCACUGCUGUCACAAAUCAGCUUAAGGAGAAGAGAAUCCAGAGAAUUUCGCUCAAUGGGCCAGGCUUUGGGCAUACCCGACAGUGGGAUAUUAGCACAUAGUGAACUUACCUCAAGGAUAGAUCCUAACGAGCCAUUGGAUAAGCUUCUCUUGAACAAGAGAUUUCGGCAGUCCUUUAUGGCAUUCGCUGACAGUUGCUUGGCGGGGGAGACCGUGCACUUUUUCGAUGAAGUGCACGAGCUCAGUAAAAUACCCGAAGAUGACACCGUGAGAAGGAUCUAUAUGGCACGUCAUAUUAUCGAGAAGUACAUAGUUGCAGGAGCUGCAAUGGAGGUGAACAUUUCACAUAGAAGUAGACAAGAAAUUUUGACAACUUCAAAUCUUGCACGCGCUGAUCUCUUCAGCAAUGCACUAAAUGAGAUUAUGCAGCUAAUGAAAACGAACUUGGCAAAAGAUUACUGGUCAUCGAUGUUCUUCUUGAAGUUCCAGGAAGAAUCAAAUACGAGGGCUAAUGGCCAUGAUCCAGAGCAAAUGGCAGGAUGGAACUUCUCUCCAAGAUUGAGUUCUGUUCGCGGUGCAGAUGACCCUUUUCACCAGGACCAUCUGCAUAAGAGCAUGGACUAUGGCAAUGAUACUGACUCAUGAAAUUGGUAGUUGCCCUGUUGCCAAUUUUUUCCUUCUGGUUUAAUUGGAUGGUAUUGAAUUAUUGAUGCCUUGCCAAAUAAACCGGUUUUCCUUAUUAAAAGGAAUUUAGUAAUGUACUUUGUUUUUUGUUCAAACAAUCUAUAUGGUGGUUGGACAAUCAAUUAAUGUUCAUAAAACCGAGGAGGGUAAGGAAUGAUAGCAUUCUUUUUUUUAUUAUUAUUUUUAUUUUCUUGAACAAGUUAGUACAUUUGUACAGGUAGGCUAGGCCUAGGACCAUAUAAAUUGUGUUAGGUUUAGCAUUUAAAUCUCACUGCAAGAAAUGAGGAUGUAUCACUCCAUGUGUCUGAAAGCAACUUUGCUUUAUUUAUACCCUAUUUUGUUUUGGGUAUAUAGCAUACGACAGUCAACCUUUACUAUAUAUCUGUAUGGAUUCUAGGGUUUAGCUAUAUUGGCUUUGGUUUGUGCAUGAGAAACCCAUGAAACUUCUUGGUCCCCUUGCGUAUGUCAACUUAAUUCAUUAGUUUGUCACA